AUGCGACAAUAUCUGCUGAUAUUGAUCGCCAUAACUCUUCUGUACUUUUCGAGACAUUACUCGCCACUCCUGGCUGCAAUUGCGUUCGCAAUCAUAGGAUACCAGGCCACAGACGUUUUGAUCCCAUGUGUAUCGCCUUCUUUUAUCCAAAAGGGACUAUUUGGCAAAGAUCUAAGCAAGCCGGGAAAACCGGUUAUUCCUGAGUCCAUUGGUGCAGUUUCAGCAAUGGUUUACUUGUUCAUCAUGUUUUUCUACAUCCCAUUCCUAUUUUACAAGUACCUGGUGGUUACUACGUCCGGUGGGGGACACAGGGACGUUUCCGUGUUGGAAUCAAUCGGGCAAGAAGAGUAUCUUUUCCCACACGGCAAAAUGUCUGAGUACCUGAGCGCUGUUCUGUGUUUGCAGAGUACAGUGCUCUUGGGAAUGGCAGAUGACCUCUUCGACCUAAGAUGGAGACACAAGUUUUUCUUGCCCGCUGUGGCAGCAAUCCCGCUUCUCGUGGUAUACUAUGUGGACUUCAGUGUAACUUACGUUUUGAUUCCAGACGCGGUCAAAAGCUGGUUCCGAACUUCAAAAACUGUAUUGAACCUAGGUGCUUUUUACUACGUGUACAUGGCGUCCAUGGCCAUUUUCUGUCCGAAUUCUAUCAACAUUCUCGCCGGUGUCAAUGGUUUGGAAGUGGGGCAAAGUAUAGUGCUGGGUGUUAUAUCUUUGAUCAACGACGCACUAUACUUGGCGCUAGGGAAUGAAGCGUCCAAGGAAGCCCACCGGUUUUCGGCAAUCCUGAUCAUUCCCUUUCUAGGAGUGGCUUUGGCACUGUGGAAAUGGAACAAAUGGCCAGCCAAGGUUUUUGUUGGUGACACAUUCUGUUAUUUCGCAGGAAUGAUUUUCUCAGUGGUUGGAAUUCUUGGUCAUUUCUCUAAGACUACCCUGUUACUAUUCAUUCCUCAAACUUUCAAUUUCGCCUAUUCUUGUCCACAGCUUUUCGGCCUGGUACCUUGUCCCAGACAUCGAAUGCCAAGGUUCGAGGAAAAGGAUGGCUUGCUGUAUCCGUCAAGGGCCGAAUUCUCUGAAAAACCACCAAAGAAAAUUAUGCUACCGAUUCUUCGAAUUCUACACAAGUUAAAGUUGAUAGACCUCCAUUUUGAACCGAAGACCAAGGAAAUCAAGAGCUGCACAAAUAUGACGCUAAUAAACCUAGUGCUUGUUUGGUGGGGACCCAUGCGCGAAGAUAAAUUGUGCAAUAGGAUUUUGACCAUUCAAUUGCUGAUUGGACUUACGGCCAUAGCAGCAAGGCACUGCUUGGGAUCUCUGAUUUUUGGACACGACAACAUUCAGUUUGUUUAG